AUGGAAGCAUUACUAUAUAUACUAGUAGCGUUCAUCUUCUAUAAAUAUAAUAGGUUUAUCUUUACUAGUAGGCUUAUCCACUUUAUAGCCAUACUAGGAAUUAAUGUGGAUAUAGGCCGCCUACGUCCUAUAAAGCACUAUUUAUACCUACUAGCUAGGGUCGUGUACUGUAUAUGGGUCCUUAGGGUAGAAGUACUACUCCUAGCUAAUAAUAAGCUGGCCGCUUUCCUAAUAAAGCGAAGGGAGUUUCUAGUAGAUGGCUUAUAUAGUCCUAUAAGUGAGAUACUAAGCCUAUUGGCGUUUAGUAAGCAUAUUACAUUUAAUGAUAGAAAUGCUAGUGUAGCCCUAUGGUUGUAG